AUGAAUCUUGCAGCAGAGGCGGCGGUGCCCGAGGCGCGCGACCUGUUUGUCAGCGCGAUCAGGACCAUGAUAUUCGAAGACGUCAUGGCCAUCUACCGGGGACCUGACGACGCGGCAACCCGAUAUCUCAGACAAACCACCCAGACCACUCUGGAUCGCAGGUUACGACCGAUCAUCAACACCCAUUUGAACAGCGUGGGCGCGGUGAGAACCUUUCGACAGGCAAUCGACCAGUACAAUGCUCUCCCGCUGGUCAAUCCCAUAGAUGCAGACCUUAACGGGCACGUCAGCGGCUACGCUAUGAAUGCAUUAUUCAGCCAGUUGGCCAAAGAAGAAGCUGCUAUUCGUCAGGAUCCGGUCAAGCGCACAACCCAGCUGCUGCGCACCGUGUUUGGCUUUAUCGAUUCCGACGGUUUGCAGAUCUACUACGAGCAGGUCGGCACAGGGCUGCCUAUGAUACUUGUGCAUGGCUGGGGCGCGGAUACCCAGAGCAACUGGAUCGAUACUGGUUGGGUUGAUGCUCUAAAACACCACCGCGCGGUGAUUUCAAUCGAUGUACGGGGGCAUGGCAGAAGCGCCAAGCCUCACGCGCCCGACCCUUACAGUUAUGCAGCAAUGAGUCAUGAUGUCCUUAGUGUUAUGGACGCACUGACCAUAGAAAAAGCCGACUUCAUGGGCUAUUCGAUGGGGUCAUUCAUGGGUGCAUAUCUGCUUGGCCACUACCCGGAACGAUUCACCUCAAUGGUGCUGGGCGGCAUCGGCAAUGAAACACCAUCCAGCGCAGCUCAAGGCAGCGUGAUUGCCCGGGCGCUGCGCGCAACCGAUCCAGCCAGCAUUGAUAAUCCUGCAGGUAAAAACGUGCGUCGCUUUGUUGAGGCCAAUCCGAACAACGAUCUUGAAUCUUUGGCGUAUUCAGCCCUGAAGAUGUGGCCGGAAGGCUACCCCUUAAAGAUUGCGGGCGAACAUAUCGGUCAGGCGGAUUUUCCCGUGCUCAUCGUCAACGGCGAUCAGGACUACCCGUAUGUUGACAGCGCGGAUGAUAUUGCCGCGGCGCUACCCAGGGCACGGCAUAAAAAACUACCCGGCGCGGACCACCUGAGCGCUGUGACUGACCCACUAUUCAAAGACAUUGUGAUCGAUUUUUUAAAUGCUAGGAAAAUCGUGGAAGAUACGAGCGAUGUUUAUGGCCGACGGCCAUAA